GUGCUGCUGGUGCUGCUGCUCCCACUUGCUAUUAAUGUACCCAUCCCAGUCAGAGACGCCUCCUUUACCGCCUCCUGCGCCUCCAAGGACAGGCUCGCCGUCCUCACGACGAACAGCGCGCGGCGAAUCCUUCGCUGCAGGUGAAGAAGACGGCGGCGGUCGAUUCGGGAACAUCGAUCCCGCCGACAAUGAUCCAUCGGGUCCGGCUAUUCGGCCGUCAGCCGCCGAAGGGCAGCAGCUUGGUAGCCCUCCUUCUCGCUGCGACCGCUGCCCUCCGCCUUUCGCCGCUUGCCGCCACUGCUGUUGCAACGUCGUUGCUGGAUGCCCGCCGCCACGGCUACGACUCGAACAGGAUACCGCGCCUAUUCUGUCAUUGCACCGUACCACGUGCUGUAACGUGCUGCUUGACACUUUGGGUUGUCGACGACACCGCCGAGUGCCUGUUCCCGGCGCGAGCUGAAAGGAUAAUGCAUUCGUAGCAGAUCCAGUGAUGCAGUAGGCCAGCGGCAACAGACCCGUGCAUGAUGCCAAGGCAGGAACGCAGCCAGCUUUCAUCUCGAAAUGACGUAGCGGCGCUCGCGUGUGCGUGCCUCGGGCACGGGACUGUUGACCGGGAGGGAUGGGGUACCCCCUUUUUUCGUUUCGCGGAGCUCCACCGCCUCGUUGCUUUGGUCCUUCCGCCCCCUGCUCUGCGAGCUGGGUGGUGGUCAUCAGCCAUCCACGCCCAAAGUUACCAACGCACCGACGAGUUCAAGGCGGCGGGCAUGUCUUCUUCUGUUGAGGAGCCACUGGAUUUGAUUCGGCUGUCUCUCGAUGAGAGGAUCCACGUCAAAUGCCGCGGAGAGCGAGAGCUAAGGGGCAAGCUGCACUCGUACGACCAGCACUUGAACAUGGUGUUGGGGGAUGUGGAAGAAACGGUGACCACGGUGGAGGUGGACGAGGACACCUACGAGGAGAUCGUAAGGACUUCAAAGCGAAGUAUCGAGAUGCUCUUCGUGCGGGGGGACGUCGUAAUCUUAGUCUCCCCGCCGGUGCGCACAACAUAGGGGAUCAGUUUUGCAGUGGUGGAGCAGGUGCUUCUUCUCUGGCUUCUUUCUUGUUUUUGCGCGCUAGACCAUGAAGGACGACCCGCUCUCUCCCGCGGGACGUUCUCUUUUUUUGGGCCAAAGUAUUUUAAGUGGGUUUUGUUUGUGCCAUCGCGGGGUUUGACGUGAGCUUGGGGAGGCGGGCGGCCGGAGAGCGAGGAAUCUGCUGAAUCAAGAUAGCACGCGUGCGCGCGCGCGGGAAGGGCUAGAUCAUUUUUCUUGAGGGGUAUGACACCUUUUACUUGGAAGCCGGGGACGUUAAUCAGGAUUCGCUCUGGGGGGCGGUCUUGGUCCUUCGUCACCGGCUGCGAAUGUUUCGUGCAGCACAACGUACGUUUUUCGUGUCUGUUCAUGGUUUUGUCAUGGUAUAUUUCACAGUAGUUCGCAGGGUUCACUGGGUGAGUGGCACUAGAUAUUGUAUCUUCGACUGUGGGUUGUUUUUUGUGCGUCUCGCGUAAUACAGGUCGCCGUAAUUUUGGCUGGCGAUGCUGGUUUGGAUGGCGUUUUCUGGCGUCUCUCCUCGGCCUGCGAAAUCGAACAGAUGUGCCUACAGAGCGGAAAGACAACAUUUGUUUGCACAAGUUGUGGUAAAUUUUAGGGGCAGGAGAUAUCAUUUUUUUCAUCUUCUGUCGUUUCCUGUCAAGCCGACAUUGUUCCGGGAAAAUGUUGAGGAUUGGUCUUGUAGACUAUGCGAAAAUCGGAGAUCCGCCCUUGUCGAAAAAAAGGGAUUCGUGGAAGCAUGAAAUAUUCUUCGAAGUACCAAAUAUACCCAACCGGGAUUGCAACUGAUUCAGGUCUUCACUAUAAGAACCUUGUGUAGGAGACAGAUGG